GAGAAGUUUGAAGAUAACAAGAGCUAGAUUUGGUAGGCUCCUCAGCAAGUUGGGAGAGCCAAAAUGGCCAAGUUUUGGCCACGCCUGCUCUAUGCAUUGGCAAUAUGCUUGAUAGCCACUGAGGUGGUGGUGGUGGCGGCCGACGACGACCAUGAUCCCGAUUACAAGUCGGCGCCUCCGCCGCCGCCUUAUCUCUACGAAUCUCCACCUCCUCCACCAUACAUUUACAAGUCCCCACCGCCUCCUCCUUACGUCUACAAAUCCCCACCACCACCUCCAUAUGUCUACAAGUCCCCACCUCCUCCGUCCUAUGUGUACAAGUCCCCUCCACCUCCACCUCCUUAUGAAUACAAAUCACCUCCCCCACCUCCCUAUAUCUACAAGUCACCACCACCGCCUCCUUAUGAGUACAAAUCGCCUCCACCACCUCCCUACGUAUACAAGUCACCACCACCGCCUCCUUAUGAGUACAAAUCGCCUCCACCACCUCCCUAUGUUUACAAGUCACCACCACCACCUCCUUAUGAAUACAAAUCGCCUCCACCACCACCUUAUGUAUACAAGUCACCACCGCCGCCUCCUUAUGAGUACAAAUCGCCUCCUCCACCUCCCUAUGUCUACAAGUCCCCACCACCGCCUCCUUAUGAGUACAAAUCGCAGGAGUACAAAUCGCCUCCCCCACCUCCCUAUGUCUACAAGUCACCACCACCACCUCCUUAUGAGUACAAAUCACCUCCACCACCACCUUAUGUAUACAAGUCACCACCACCCCCUCCUUAUGAGUACAAAUCGCCUCCCCCACCUCCCUAUGUCUACAAGUCACCACCACCGCCUCCUUAUGAAUACAAAUCUCCGACUCCUCCUUACAUUUAUAAGUCGCCUCCACCACCACCUUAUGUGUAUAAGUCUCCUCCUCCUCCUCCAUACGUCUAUUCAUCGCCACCUCCACCACCUUACAUCUACAAUUCACCGCCCCCGCCUCCGUACUAUUACACCUCUCCUCCACCUCCCGCAGUCCCCUACUAGACCGACCUUUUUCUACGCACCCUCCAUUCAGGUGUAAUCAGUCUACUAUGAAUUCAAUAAAGCACGAAGACGAGCAUUGCUUGGAUACUUUGAUUACGUCAUAAAUGUGUUUUUGUCGAAACUUUAGUCUUGGUUCGUAUAUUGGUUUACUCGUAGAUACACAACCAUGUAACCGAUUUCCACGUCUCACUUGGUUUUUUUCUUCGCGUGGCUUUCCUUGUCCACACAGUAUGCUGGAAUCAAUAAAUAAGAAAUGAAAGUUAUGUUA